AUGGGAAUGAGGUUGGAAUCAGCAGAAGUUCAAGCGAUUUUGAAACAAUUUAUUAUUAGCGACGAUGAUUUGCUUACCAUUAGCGGUAAAAUAGAAGCAGAAAUGAAAGCUGGUCUUGCCAGUGUAGACGGGUCUUCAAUAGCUAUGUUGCCUUCUUAUGUACCUGCAUUACCGGAUGGAUCAGAGGAAGGCAAGUAUGUGGCGAUCGAUCUUUCUGGCAAAAAUUUACGUAUAAUGUUACUCACGCUUAACGGUAAAGGACGUGAACCGGCCGCUGUUAAUAACAAUUAUAUAGUACCAAAUCAUGUGAUGAAAGGCACUGGUGAUCAGCUGUUUACGUUUAUUGUUAACUGUCUGCAACGUUUCCUGCAAGAAUUUGGUCUAGUCGAAGCAAACUUACCCAUUGGUUUCGUCUUUUCUUAUCCAUGUGAACUGCUGUCUAUUCGAUCCGCACGACUCUUAUGGUGGACGAAAGGUUUUGACAUCAAGGAUUGUCUGCGGAAGGAUGUUGUUCAGCUGUUAGAGGAGGCUCUUGAAAUGAAUAUGGCAAGUUUUUCAACUUCUCUUUUUAGAAAAUCGACGAAGGCACAGAUCAAAGCAGUCAUGAACGAUACAGUGGGACAACUUGCGGCAGCCGGUCACAAAUAUGGCCCUGAAUGCACGAUCGGUGUUGUUAUAGGUUACGGAUGCAAUUCGUCCUACCUGGAAAAGACUUCCCGCAUCACGAAAUUUGACGCAAAGGCUAAAGGUUACAAACAUCCUAACAUGGUUGUUGUCACGGAAUGGGAAGAAUUUGGUUCGAAGGUGAGUUGA